GCACGAAACAACGAGCCAAAAGCGCCAGGAACGUCUGAAGCACAAAAUGGCUGCAGCAAAGAUCACCGAGAAGAAGUAUCAGCUCAACAGCGGCCACGAGAUUCCUGCCAUCGGCCUGGGCACAUGGCAGUCGGGGCCCAACGAGGUCGCAGCCGCAGUGGAGGCGGCGUUGAGGCUGGGCUAUCGUCACAUCGACACUGCCGCCGCCUACGGCAAUGAAGCUGAGGUCGGCGCUGGCAUCAAGGCAUCAGGCGUUCCUCGAAACGAGAUCUUCUUGACCACGAAGCUGAAGGAGAGCCAUCUCCACCGCGCGGCAGCAGCUCUCGAUGACUCGCUCGAGAAGCUCGGCACGGACUAUGUCGACCUGUACCUCGUCCACUGGCCUUGCCCCGUCAGCGAGAACGAUCCAAAGAAACUUCACUCCGAUUGGGAUAUUUUGAGGACGUGGACUGAGAUGCAGAAACUCCCGGCUACGGGCAAAGUCCGAAGCAUCGGUGUCUCGAAUUUCGGCAAGAAUCAUCUCGAGCAGCUCUUCAAUGCCCCGGACUUUUCCAUUGUCCCGGCUGUCAACCAGGUCGAGAUUCAUCCUUGCUAUCCUUCUGGGAAACUUCUUGCCUACAAUACCUCGAAGAACAUCCACACCACGGCUUACUCGUGUCUCGGAUCCACUGACUCCCCGCUGUACAAGAACGAGGCUCUGAUCAAGAUUGCCGAGGCUAAGGGGAAGACGGUGCAGCAGGUCUUGCUGAGAUGGGGUUUGAAUAGAGGCUACUCCGUCAUUCCAAAAUCCGUGACGCCCAAGCGUAUUCAAGCUAACUUUGAACUUGACGGAUGGGAUUUGACGGCGGAGGAGACCAAGGCGAUUGACGCCAUCCCAGAUCGUUUCAAGGUCUGCGAUGGCACUUUCUUGCCGAAUGACGGCAAGGAUGCAGAACUGUUCCAAGAUGAUGAGUGAGUGGAUUCGACUUUGUGUGGCGAAAAGAGGUUGUGGCUGGAUGGAUUGCUCAUAUUCGGAGCAUAAGAUCGUAGAUAUUUCUUGUUAACGAGGUUUUAAAGCUAAGAUCUGAAGAUUUUACUACGACUUUCACUGGGGUCAAGCUGUCACAGACUGAUAGACUCAUAGAUCAGACGUUAAAUUCAAAGACACUCGCUCCAUG